CUGUACGGAGUACGGUUCCUCGACCUAGUGUAUAGUCUGGCAAUCUCUCAGAACUUGGACAGCCGACAACCCCCUGUCAAGCCACAGGGACAACCCCGAAGCACACUCCCCUAACCUGCCAACGAGGACAAUCCAUGCUACCAAGCAGGCAUCAUGAUCCAGCUGAGCAGUGACCCAACGUUUCACUACCAGAUCCUCCGCGCGCUGGGCCUGGCCAGCUAUGGCGGUGCUGACAUAGGCGAAGUCCUCGCCACGGCCGACCAAAUCAAAGCAGGAGACUUUGAAUCGUUCUACACGGCGUUUCACAACCGUGCCGAACGGGUCGUCGCGCAGGUGCAGCAGAUGAGCAAUGCGGUUUCGAUCCGCGACGCCCUCUUCCGCGCGUCGACGUACUUCCGCCUGGCCGAUCUCUACAUCCACGGCAACUGGGACGACCCUCGAAUUCUCCAGGUCUGGGAGAAGCAGACGGAAUGCUUUGACCGGGCCAUGUCGCUUCUACCGACUCCCGGCGAGCGGAAAACGUUGACGUCUCCGGCGGGCUUCCAGAUUCCCAUCAUCGUUUUCCCAGCCGGUCCAGAACCCGGGGAGAAGCGGCCGACGAUAAUCAUGUGCAGCGGCCUGGACGGAUCCAUGGAGGAAAUGUACCACGUCCACGGCAUUGCCGCGCUGCAGAGAGGGUAUAAUGUAGUCUGCUUCGAAGGGCCCGGGCAGGUGUUCACGCGCCGAUCGCAGGGCCUCGGAUUCAUCCUGGAGUGGGAGCAGGUUGUCAGUCCCGUGCUGGACCACCUCGAAACCCUGUCGUGGGCCGACACGGCCAAGGUGGCCUUGCUCGGAUAUUCCCUGUGUGGCCUCCUCGGCGCCCGCGCCGCUGCUUUCGAGCCCCGGCUGGCCGCCCUGUUCUGUGUCGACGGAAUGUAUGAUCUGGCGCAGACCCCGAUCUUCCCCGUUGCCGCCGCCGUCGUGCAGCAGAGACUUGCUGCCGCGGACGGCGCGGGUGCCGCGUCGAUUCAGGCUCUGAUGCAGGACCCGCAUGUGCCGACCACCCUGCGCUGGGCGCUUUCGCACUGCCGGUGGGCUUUCAACGUCAGGUCGCCCGUCGAGCUCCUCGAGAAGCUCAGACGCUUUACCAUCGCCGAUGUGGUGGGCCAGAUCCGGUGUCCCGUCCUGGUGUGCGAUGCCGUCGAGGAUCACUUUGCCAAAGGCCAGGCCAAAAUGGUCGCGGACGCGCUGGGGGAGAAAGCCACGCACAUGGUCUUCACGACAGACGAUGCUGCAGAACAGCACUGUCAUCUGGGCGCGGCUAGGUUUUGCAACCAAGUCAUUUAUGAUUGGUUCGAGAAGACCAUCCUGAAGAAGUGAAGAGGUUUUACAUAUUGCCACACUGGUUGGUUUAGACAAGAGCUGCCCCAUAGAUCUCCCUACGGUGAAUGACGGCUUCUGAUUUUUCUUCCAAUCGCCCAUAUAUUGUCGGCGUCCACCGUAUGCCACUCGGUGUCAGUCUUUUUUGCGGCA